AUGGAUUUUGUUAAGUCUCAAUUUGAAGCUGCUCUAGCUUCGAAACGUCCGAUAACGAAGCAAAAUCUAUCUUCCUUACUGGAUUCCAUUGAUUCAACACAAUUAUCAAUUCUAUACCGUUGGUUAUUCCAUCGUUUAAAUGAUCACCUCUUGUCUUUCACUCGAACUCAAGCAUCGGUUGAAAUGUUUCUAUCCGCUCGACAAUUGUCGUUCCAUUUGCACGAACAUUUCAUCGAUAAGUUUAGUUCGUUGAAAUUGAAUUCAAUAAAGCAGUUGCAACAAAUUUUGAAAAGCUUUCAACAACAACCAACAUUCACUCAAAGUGAAUUAAAUCAAUGGAAACGCUCACAGAAAGAACUAACACGUGACGAUUUCGUACUCCAUUGUUUAUUCAACAAUGUACCUCAAUUAGCUCUUCUUAGUGAACAUAAAAUAACAUUUGAUGAGCUAUUUCGUGUUGCCCUGAAUACUUGUGUAACCAAUUUAGCUGAUCGAGAUAACAAAACAUCGAUCACCAUCCUGUUCAGUCUUGGUUUAGCGCCCUUAGAUAUCAUUCAUCGAAUCAUGUCGACCACCCUCCACCAUCAUUUACGCACGUUUUGUGCUCAAUAUUUGAAUGAUUUCGGCGAAGAAUGUUUUCUAGUUAGUCAAGAAGUGAACGCAUUAAAUGUGGUCAAUCAAUUGAAACAAAUCUAUACAAGUGAAACUGUUUCAGAACUAAUGGAAAAUAAAAAACAAUCGAUCGAAUACUGGACUCGACUUUUUCCUCUGACAGCGACAAUAACAAAAUUUUCAUGUAAAGAUAUCGUAGCAACAAAGAGACAACCAUCACAAACGGCCGCGUCGAUCAAAAGUAUUGCAUAUAUGCAAGUGACAUUUGACUGGAUACUUGCGAUUAUCAAGAAUAGCGAUGGAGAUGAUCAACAAUGGUUAUUGAAAACUGAAGGAAGACAUUUACUCAACGAACAGCCCCUAUUUUCAGCAAAAGAUGAGGAAUUGUCAACGAAACUUGAUCUUGCUUACACUUACGCGUCUUCUCGUCAAUCAUUAGCUUUACUGGAACAGUUAAAUGCCAUUGAACCAGUAAGAAAUUUUGAAUUGAUUUGGUCACACUUAAGUCCAUCUCUCCAAUGGUCGUUCGUCCGUUUUGUUCAUCGGAUACCUUCAAACACCAGCGAUUCAUUCUUUUGGCGUAGUGUUUUACAAGAUAAUCUUGACAAUUCAUUGAUAUUAGAUCAAAGCAGGUUGUAUCGGAUCUAUCCAGCUUACCUUUACUUUUCGGAUAACGACAAAAAUGAAAUUUCAAACGAUCACGAUGAUCAAUGGUGUCGAUGGUUACGUUCCAAACCUUGUGAUUAUGCUCUAGAGAACUCUUUUGACACGAAUCUUCCAGUCGAUCCAUUGGUUCGCACCGUUCGUGAAAAUGGCACAACUCACACUAGUGAAAUCGACGCGAGUCUUGUUUUAAAAUACCCUGCGUUGAGAUUGUUAUCCAAGUCGUCAAAAAUCAACUCGUUUGAUAUCAGUAUCUACCAUUUACUCGAUCGGUUCAGUCAAUUAGAUGUUUCUCGAUGUUUUACUUGGCAAACUGGAAAUAACUGUCGUGCUAAUGAAGAUUUAACCAAUUUACACGAUUGUUUCUCGUCGCCAAAUGAUAACAAUAACAAUAAUACCAAUGAUCAACAACAAUCAAUUGAUUACCGGUAUUUAUUCAGUCAACAUCGUCCAUUAACUUCACUCGCGCACUUUCUCGCCUCGUCCAUUGACGAUCAAGAACAAAAUCCUCAAUCGUCGCAACAGAACUCUUUGACAUUAAUCGACCGUCGAUUGAAUCGUUUAAAACAUUUUCUCAUUGUUUCAUGUCAAACAAAUCUGAAAAAUUAUCUUUCCUCAAUCAUUCUCUUUGACAUAUGCAAUGAAGACGCCUUUCCCAUACGUUUAUACGUUUCAAUCAUGAAAAUUCUUAAAACAACCAAUCAAGAAGAUCUAACAUCAAUCCCAUUGAAAUUAUUAUUCUCAGUUACAAAUUUAAAUUCACCAAAUGCAUUCAAACAGUUAGUUUUAUUCAAUCUCUUUUCGCAAACUAAAUCCCUAGCAUAUAUACCAACGUUAUUGUCAUAUUAUGCCAAUCGAUCAUGUUGGUUUGAAAUGUUAUUCAUCGCACAAUUAUUUCAUUACAGCGUUGAUGAUAUUAUUUCAUGUUUGUCGUUAGCACAACAACAUAAUAUGCUAUUCGAACAUUUGAAAUGUUGCUUCAAACGAUUGGUCAAACAGGAUCAUACACCAUUGCUCAAGCAGGAUAUUUUCGCGUUAUUAACCGAUCAAACAUUGUCAUCAGAUCAAUUAAAACUACGAUUUCAACAAGGUAAGAUAAUGACACAUUUGAAGAAGAAUUUUCGCAUAUUUUCCUAUCCUCUGACAGGCGCUCAACAAUGUUCUCGCCCGCUACUGGCUGUUCUAUAUAGUACACUUCCACAAGUGUCAUCAAUCGAUGCCUUUGUUUUAUUUCUUCAAUCUUUGAAUCCCAAAUAUGCACAUCUUUUUCCAGUCACAUCCAAUUCAGCGAAUUUAGCCAGCCGUCUUCUAUGUCAUAUAGCUAGUCUCGGUCAUUGGACAGUUCUUGGUCUUGCGACACAUAUCUUUGCACCUGAAAGUCAAUUGGAAUCGCUAGUUCGUUUCUGUCAUGCAUGCAUCGAUAUGAAUGAACAACCUAUACCAAAGUUUCUCACUUCGACAGAAACGAACAUUGGUCUCGGACAAUCAUCAGCUUGGUUUACGCAAUUAACAACUGAAUUACUACUAUGCGUUUUUCGUCAGGUUUCAUCCCAUACUGAUAUUCGUUCAAUUUUUCAUCUACUUGGCGAACAGAAUGAAUUUUAUCAUCGGUUCGAACCGUUAUUUUCUCUACUUGAUGAACAACCAUCACCCAUUCCAUUUGAUUGGUCAUUGUUGAUGUAUACUGAUCGAUGUUAUCUUUCGGUAAAACCACUGAUUGAACAGUUGAUAAAACACGAUCGAUUUGAUCUAGUCGAUGAAAUCGUCAUCUGUGUCGACAUUGAAAUCGAUAUGACUUUAUUUGAACGGUUUAAAUGUUCAUUCGAUGAAUAUACCCACGAUUUUGAUACCGAUGACAAAGAUUUAAACGAUGCAUUCGAUACGAUUUGUCAAGGUCAUCAAGAUGUUUUAAAACGGCUUAAAAAGCCACUACUUUAUAGCGAUUGUCUGUUAGGAGUUCGUUCGACGUCAUCGAAACUAGUUCGAUUAUUAAUUUUAAUCUUUGCUAAUCAAGCGCAGAAUUUACCUGAACCUUACGAUUACCUUUCUAUCCCAACAUUUCAAUCGCAGCCAAUCAUCAAUAAACUAUGGUCUAUGUUAAUCAGCUUCGUUCACGAAUUUCAAAAUCGGCCGAUUGUUAAUAAAGUUCUUGAUUAUAUGGUGAGUUUGUUUUCAAGUUCAAUAUUGGAUCAAAUCGCAAAAGAAAAGCUUCUUCCGAACGAUUUUGACGAUUUCGUGCAUGCCUUUGAUGAAAAUGAAAGUGCAGAUGAACCAGUCGAAGAGUUUAAACCAGCACCAAUCACUCCGGAAAGUAAAUUUGAAGAAGCUAUGCUAAAAGGUGUUUAUCCUGUUUCAAAACCUCUAACGGACACCGCAUCAGAGAAAAAUACAAAUUCGCAACUGCUUCGUCGUCCUUCAAGUCGAGGAUCUUCAUCAUCCCAAGUACAAUUCAGUUCUGCAUUCAGCCGACGAUCGUCAGCAUCUUGGACCAGCGGUGAUUUUUCAGGUUUACAUCAUUUAACCGAAAAGGAUAUUCGAUCGUGCGUAUCGACAAUUGAAGACGCAUUGCUUCAACGCGGAUCGCCUGAACUUGCCCUGCAACUGGCUAGUAAACGUCGUCUUGUGUCCUACAAUUUAAUUAUAUUUUCCUAUGCACAUCGUUUAUACUGGAACACUUUACCACCUUCGGAAAUUCGCACACGUUUCGAUCAGCUUCCACAAGGCACUCGCGGUAGUCCGUUCAAUAAAAAACGCUUAACGAAUGUUCUCCGAACGAUGACGACAAUGCCGAGAAAUGACGAACAAUCGAAUACAAUCGAUGAUCAAAAACAGAAAUUAAUCGAUCGUCUUCUGUCUCGAACGCCGAAUGAUGAUCGGCUAAUCUCAACUUUGAAUACACUGUUUAAAAUUAGUCAAUUGUUUCGUAUCGAUUCAUGUCAUUUGUUACAUUCGAAUACCCAUAAUGACGAAUGGGCACUCUUGAAACGACUUCUCGCCUAUCCAUCAUCGUCGUUUCCGACGAAAAUUAAGCUGGCAGAAAGCUUUUCCAAACAAUUACGUUUGGCAAAUCAGCAGUUAGUUGAAUUAAUCGUUGAAGAAACCGAUCGAACUCUGAAUCGUUGUCAAAAGAAUGACCCGACUGAUGAUUACCAUAGUUGGUCAUUCGACCCGAAUAACAUCGAAUCCUACAAACAAUUCAUUUCACUUCUAUAUGAUAGAAACUAUGAAGCGAUUGGUAAACAACUUCUUCAACAGUCUAAACUCUACGAAGAUAAAUAUCUCGAAUUGGAUACUCAAGAAACUUCAUCGCCAUUGCUUUGUCUUCGCGUCGAACUACUUAUCUAUGCUCAUACGUGUUUCAUCAACGCUUGUCAUAUGGAAGGUAUUUGUUUAGUUCUCGACCAUGCCCGUCAUCUUGCAGCCCUACUCGAUGAAUUGAACUGUUACACAUUAUUAAUUCGCUUACUAAUGGGCUUAGAACAGUACUCCGAAAUGGUCUACAUCUUCGACAUGUUAUUUCAAUCCGAUCAAUUCGAUCUGUUACUAUCAACAAUCAGUGGUCAAAAUGACGAACGAUUAAAUACUGCUUUGUUCGAUUACAUAAAACGACAUCAUCCGAAUGACGAACAUACAUUUACGUCGAUAUCAAUGAAUUUGAAUAUGCAUCACGAACUGGCAAUCAUGUAUCGUGAUGCAGGUGAGAAGCUAUUGAAAACAUUUCAAGUGAAUCCACAAUCUUCGUCUGCUGACAUGUCUGUCACAUUACAAAGUUUACUUCAAUAUUAUUCCGAUGCUGCAGAUACGUUUUAUCUAGCUGGUUGUUGUCGGCAAAGUGACAAAUGCUUGAAACAAGCACGACUAAUAUCUUUACAACUCGAUUAUAUGCAAAGUCAACCCCCUUUGAUUGUUUUAAAUUUGAGCUCCAGACAAAUACGCGAUUUACUGCCGCGUUUAGAACGUUGUUGGCAUGCAUUUAUCAUCGCUGAUGCUUAUCGUGAACAUACUUUAUGGGCUGUAUGUCUAAUCGAGCAAUUUAUCUGUAAUAAGUCACCGAAUGCAAUGAAAUACUGGCAAGAAUUUCGACAAUUGAUAUCUAUCGAUGAUCAAUUUCUGUUAACUGUUGGAAAUAAUUUACCGAAGAAGAAUUUCAACACCAUAGUUGUGAAACAUUUGCAAGAAGUUCUCUCUUGUGUAACCGACGCAAGUAGUCUAUUGAAUAUUCAACAAGUGUUAACGACAAAUGAUAGUAACUAUUCGAAUUUAUUCACCGCCAUUGAUUCACCUUACCUUUUGGACACAAUUCGCGUAGCAUAA